AGAAGAAGAAAGAGUCAUUGUCCUUCAGAAUUUAAUACCAUAAAGUUUUUGAUGGGUUAUUCAUUUUAUAUAUUCCUCUACCAACUACUCACCCACCAAGAGAACCAAGAGAAGAAAGAAAGAAAGGAGGGACAUCAGAAGAGAGAGAAAGAUUGAUUUUUUUUUUUUUUUUUAACUUCCUAUAAUCUCCAACCAAAAAAAUCUUUUACUUCCUAAAUCGUAACAAACUCAAUCUUCUUGGGCUUAUUUAUCCCUCCUUUAUUUAUUUUUUUAACAACAACAAUUUGAGGUCAUCAAGAGAUUCAUCUGCACAUCCAGAUAACUGAUAAACUUAUCAGAAGAGGGAGGUACUGGUUUGCGGAGGCAAUUGGACUUCUGCGAGCUUAGAAUCCUCUCUCUCUAUUUAUUGAUGGAAAUGUAGUAAUUGUUCUUGGUUACUGCUUUUCGGGGGCUAUUUUCUCAAAGCUAGCAUAUAGCAGCAUCAAUGUUCUGGUGACAUCUGAGCUGAGGAGUGUGAAGGAUUCAAGUUGAAAGAGAGAGGGAUAUUGAAGCUUAAACAAUGGGUUCAGUUUGUUGCUGCUUUAAUGUUAAUGACGUUGAAGAUUAUUUGAAUCCAAAUAGUCCUGUAUACAGGAACUGUAUGUGUUUCGGUUGUUUCAUACAGUACUUUUUGACUGUGUAUGCCUCAAUAUUCCGUAGAGGGGAAGUGCAUGCGGUUCCUUCAUCUAUACAGGGUGCAACACCUAUGACUUCUACAGCUUCACUUGAUAAUUCUCUAUCUGACAUUUAUCGUUCUCCUCCAAGGCCGUUGCCUUAUGAUGCGGAUCCCAGGUUUUUCCGUUCACAGCGCGAUGGACUAGUGUCAAGACGUGAGAAGGGUUCAAGUCAUUUAAAUGAAGAGUCAGAACCUCUGAGAGGGGAUGGAGAUGCUGACUCAGAAUCUUUAAAUUUAGGUGGCAAAUGGAAUGAUACCAGUGAAGAUGGAUCAAAGGAAUACCGCAAGUCCACCAUGAGACUUUCAUCAGCAAAGCUUACAACUGGAGAUGGGGUUAUCUAUUCAUCAUCGGAAGAGGAGGAUUGCUGUCCGACUUGUCUAGAAGAAUACACUGAAGAGAAUCCAAAGAUAGUGACAAAAUGCUCUCAUCAUUUUCACCUUGGUUGCAUAUAUGAGUGGAUGGAAAGAAGUGACAACUGUCCUGUUUGUGGGAAGGUAAUGUUUACUUGGUGAUGGUAUUCGAUGAAACGACUUAAUCUUUUAAAAAAGGUUUAUAUCGUGGAUGAUACCAAGAACAGAGGAAAGGAAAAAAAAAAAAAUACAAGUACAGACAUUGUGAAUACUUCAGAUUAAGAUCUUAUCAUGUAUAGGAAGUAUAUAACUUUUAUGAUCCAUCACUUUAAAGUUCAAUCUCAUCCAAGUUGUUUCUUUAUUUAUACAUUUGUCCCUUGUCAAAACUUGCGCAAUUACAAGAAAAUACCAUUUUAGAUGGGAACUUUGUCAUGGUUUCAACACUUUGUUUGGUUGAGUGUACUGUUAUUUUCUAUUUCAAAAUAAAUUGUCUGUACAAUUGGUCCGAUCUAAACCGUUAUUUAAAA